GUAGAUCACGUGGUGACAUGUAGGUCUCCCAGCAGCAGAGCCUGGAGCUCAGUCUCCUCUCAGCAACAUGGAGGGGACAUUGCUGCUAAUAGUGAUCCUGGGGGCUGCAGGGACCAUGCACCUGGGGGAAGCCUGCGGGGAACAGGUAACCAUCACUAGGGAAAAGCAAGCAUUGCUGCACUGGGAGAGGGAAAGGGAAGGAGGUGUGUGAUGUUAUAUGGGGGUACACAGUGACAGAGAGAGGGACAGUGAGAGAGAGAGAGUCACAGGGAGAGAGGGACAGAGAGAGGGACAGUGAGAGAGAGUCACAGGGAGAGGGGGACAGCGAGAGAGAGGGACAGGGACAGAAAGAGAGAGAGUCACAGGGAGAGGGGGACAGUGACAGUCACAGAGAGGGACAAUGACAGGAGGGGGAGAGUCACAGGGAGAGGGGGACAGUGACAGGAGGGGAGAGAGUCACAGGGAGAGGGACAGAGAGAGUCACAGGGAGAGAGGGACAAUGACAGUCACAGAGAGAGAGACAAUGUCAGGAGGGGGAGAGAGUAACAGGGAGAGAUGGGCAGUGACAGAGAGAGUCACAGGGAGAGGGGGACAGUGACAGUCACAGAGAGAAGGACAAUGACAGGAGGGGAGUCACAGGGAGAGGGGGACAGAGAGAGAGUGUCACAGGGAGAGGGGGUCAGUGAGAGAGAGGUCACAGGAGAGGGGUCAGUGAGAGAGUCACAGGGAGAGGGGGACAGUGAGUGUGAGGGACAGUCACGGAGAGAGGGACAGUGACAGUCACAGAGAGAGAGGGACAAUGACAGGAGGGGGAGAGAGUCACAGGAGAGAGGGACAGUGACAGGAGGGGGAGAGAGUCACAGGGAGAGGGACAGAGAGAGUCACAGGGAGAGAGGGACAAUGACAGUCACAGAGAGAGAGACAAUGACAGGAGGGGGAGAGAGUAACGGAGAGAUGGGCAGUGACAGAGAGAGUCACAGGGAGAGAGGGACAGUGACAGGGAGAGAGGGACAGUGACAGUCACAGGGAGAGAGGGACAGUGACAGUCACAGGGAGAGAGGGACAGUGACAGUCACAGGGAGAGAGGGACAGUGACAGAGAGAGUCACAGGGAGAGAGGGACAGUGACAUAGAGAGUCAGGGAGAGAGAGAGAGACAGUGACAGGAGGGGGGAGAGGGAUAGUGGCAGAGACAGUCCCGGGGAGAGAGGAACAGGGACAGUGAUAUUAGUACAGUGAUAGGGCAGGGAGAGAGAGACUGAGGCACAGUGACAGGAGGAGGGAUGGUGUCACAGAGAGAGAGGGAUAGUGAUAUUAGUACAGUGAUAGGGCAGGAAGAGAGAGAGGCACAGUGACAGGAUGAGGGAGGGUGUCACAUAUGGUGUUGUUCAGUAAAGUGAGAAUUUGAGGUGAAUUUAAAAUGUCACAUUUCAGAUCAAAAUUGCUAAACUGGAAACAUUCUCUGAGUCAGCUCUACUUUCAGUUCCCUUACUCUCACCUUACAUGUGAAAUUCAUGUUGAAUUCUCAUUUUAGUAAAUAAACCUGACAGAGUGAGGAGAAACAGAGAUAAAACCAGGCCAGAGGAGGCAAGGGGUAUGAAUAACAGGAUAGAGGGUUAAAGUGACAAGAAAUUGAUCUAGGAAGAGGAAGGAAGUAUAGAACAUGAAGAGGAAGAGGGGUGUGUGCAGUUAGCGGAGGAGGAAGAGGGGGUGUGCAGUGAGAGUAGGAGGAAGAGGGGGUGUGAAUUGCAAGGAGGAGGAGGAAGAGGGGGUGUGCAGUGCAAGGAGGAGGAAUAAGAGGGGGUGUGCAUUGCGAGGAGGAGGAAGAGGGGGUGUGCAGUGCAAGGAGGAGGAGGAAGAGGGGGUGUGCAGUGCAAGGAGGAGGAAGAAGAGGGGGUGUGCAGUGCAAGGAGGAGGAGGAAGAGGGGGUGUGCAGUGCAAGGAGGAGGAAUAAGAGGGGCUGUGAAAUGCGAGGAGGAGGAGGAAGAAGAGGGGGUAUGCAGUGCGAGGAGGAAGAGGGGGUGUGCAUUGCAAGGAGGAGGAAGAAGAGGGAUGUGCAUUGCGAGGAGGAGGAGGGCUCAGUGAUGGAAAGAGGAAGAGCUGUGUACAAUGACAGAGCCGAUUGGGAAGCCUUUAUCUGUACUGUUUCAGAUUGAGAGAUUUGUUAAAAAAAAUCCUACUUUAGAACUGUAUUAGUUCAAGUGCCGCUUUUAAGUAUUAAUUUUUAUAUAUCCAUUGAAACCGUAUUAAAUUGAUUGGCGUUAUAUUUCUAAUAAGCUGAUUAACAGUAUUUUCCUCGUUUUGCCAUUACAUCAGAUGCAUUUUUAAAUUCCCACCAGCUUCAGCAGGAAUCUCACGAGCAUGAUAAGAAUUGUAGUCCAUCAGGGGUAGGCAACAUAUUGCAGAUACAAAAGUUGUGCUAAACUGAUAUUGCCAGCCAGAAGGAAGGUUAAUGAAAGUAAUAUGGCUUUAUCUCCUGAAUUAAAUAUAAAAAAAAAAAAAAAAAAAAGGCACCACGACCACUUCAGUAAGAUUACGCACAGUGACUCUUUAAACUCAGAGUGGCAGAAAUCAAGAGAUUUAAAUGCAAGAAAUGGUUGUUAUAAACAUCAAUCAAAAAUAAAAAUCAACUGUACAGUUUUAUAGAAGCAAGUUGUUAAAAAGAAACCCUUUUAAAGUCGUUUACACUGAACUUCUAUUUAGAAUGAAAUGUAUAUAGUAGCGGAUCUUUAACCCCUGGCUAGCGUUAUCAGUAUAUAGAUUCUGGCAACUAAAUGUUGUACUUAAUGCAGAACCGAAAAUGAAAGAAAAUGUGAAGUUUAGUAGACACAGUGGGAGAAACUACAGUUGAGCUAUAACACUGGAAUUUUUUUUUAUUUUUUUUAAAUAGUUUUCUUUUGACAGAAUAAGGUACAGUUUACUAUAAUUAGGAUUAUAAAGGACAGUAAGACGUAGAUCUUCCCCAAAAUUUUUGCAAUUAUAACAUGGUAAAAUUAAACAAUUAAACUUAAAAUAAGGAGUAACAAAUAAGAAAAUUAAAGAAAUAAAGGAGGAUCUCCCAAUUGUUAACACCCGUAUAAGAAAGAUGACCACGUGUCCCAUAAUUUAAUUAAAGCAGGAGUGGUACGAUGAAUCAUCGACCAUAGUUACCCAUUAGAUGGGUAUGAUUACCAUUGAUAAUGCAGCUGUGAAUUUACUUUUUGUCCACUAAGGGGCACUCUUAGCUCCAGAAGAAUUAUAGAUCAUUUUAGUGUUUAUGGCGCUUUCCUUCUAGAUUUGGUCAAAAAUUAAAAAUAAAAAAAACUGUCCAAUUUCAUCAGCAUUCAUUGGUUAAGAAUGUGAAGAUGCUGCUCAGAACGUAUGGUUGUCAUCCAAAUUUGCAUGAAUGCUUCACAAAGUGUGCAAGUGGCACUGUGGGAUAAUAGUCAGAUAUAUCUGCCCAGGCAAGAGUGCGUCUGCCUUGCCAUGCCUGUACGUUGGCAUAGUUAGAUAGCUGGCAUGAUGACCUAUCCACUCAGCCUUUGAGUCAUGCCAUCUAUAUUUAGUCUACCACACAUGGUUAUUUUCCAGAUCUGAUGGCUCAGGGAUGGAUUAAGAUUUAUAGCAGUGACACACCAAGAACUUAAAGGGACACUAUAGUCACCUGAACAACCUCAGCUUAAUGAAGUAGUUCUGGUGUAUAGAACAUGCCCCUGCAGCCUUACUGCUCAAUCCUCUGCCAUUUAGGAGUUAAAUCCCUUUGUUUAUGAACCCUAGUCACACCUCCCUGCAUGUGACUUGCACAGCCUUCCAUAAACACUUCCUGUAAAGAGAGCCCUAUUUAGGCUUUAUUGCAAGUUCUGUUUAAUUAAGAUUUUCUUCUCCCCUGCUAUGUUAAUAGCUUGAUAGACCCUGCAAGAGCCUCCUGUAUGUGAUUAAAGUUCAAUUUAGAGAUUGAGAUACAAUUAUUUAAGGUAAAUUACAUCUGUUUCAUGCAGGCUCUGUCAAUCAUAGCCAGGGGAGGUGUGGCUAGGGCAGCGUAAACAGAAACAAAGUGAUUUAACUCCUAAAUGACAGUGAAAUUGCAGGGGAAUGAUCUAUACACUAAAACGGCUUUAUUUAGCUAAAGUAAUUUAGGUCACUAUAGUGUUCCUUUAAAGGGACACUUCAGACCUGUAUAGCAACUUAGUUAGCUGAAAUGCUUUAUAUGUGUGUCGUCCUUUUAUCAUUUUGCAAAAUGCAGAUUUCAAUAGAAAUUGGCAUUUACAUUUUUCUUUUUUUAAUUAACCUGGUUACACCCCACUGACUUUAAACCAAGCAGUUGCUGUUACUUCCUGGUUUGUUUAGCUCAGCGGAGCUAAACUCAAGAGUCAGCAAUUGUCCAGAGCACCUUCCUUGCAAAGACUUCUCAUUGAGCUGCAUUGGGAAGUCAGUGAUUGGACAGCCACAGAAAGUGUGGGCGGGGUUAGAAGGGGAGAGUUUGCAAAGACGACAAAAGAACUGCAUGUUUUGUAAGCUGUUUGUAGAUAUACUCACUAUGAUAAAAUGCAUGAAUGGUUUACAUUGGGGGUAUAUUUGCUAAACAGUGAUUUAAUUUUUUUUAAAACGUAUGUAAUUUUUUUAAGUUUGUCUUUUAAAUGAACACUCCAAGCACCAUAACUACUACUACAGCGUGCUUGAUCUACAGGUAGUGCUUGGAAUGUUCCUUUAAUAGACAUUGGGCCACCUUGGGAAUCUGCACACAGGGAGCAAGAAACUGUUCCUUUUAUAAAGAUCUGCAAAAAAGAGAGUUACUGUGCCCGCUGGCCAUUGAGGGAGGCACAGAUUGGUUUCUGGGAGAUUUGAUGGCGCUGCAGUGGUAAAAUUUGAUGAGAGUUGGUCACAUAGGCUGGUGGGAGAUUACCAGGGAAGGAAUACAAGAUGGUAUUUUAUGAACAUGUCUGAUUAUUGGACAGAUACUUUGUGUGUAUGUGUAUAACGUCCCUGUUUGUUUUCAUGUCCCAUCUAGACGUGCCCUGCAGCCCCCGAUGGCCUCAUGAACGUGCACCUCAUUCCUCACACUCACAAUGAUGUGGGCUGGCUGAAGACAGUGGACCAAUAUUAUUAUGGAGGUGAGAGCUCUAAACCCACUUCAUCUCAGCCUAGAUCUGGAGUCUCUCGUUCUCUGGUGACAUGCAGCCACAGAGCUCUCUCCCGUAACACGCAGAUAAUAACUGUGAAUAUGUACUGUGAUUUGCGGCUUACUAAUACUGCUGACUGAACUGUGACUUCUACUGGUCUUCUGUUUAACUUUUCCAGAGUUUUGUUUUGCUUACUUAUGUUUGUUUGGGUUUUUGUUUGCUUGCUUAUUCAGAUCAGCUCGUUUCCUUUUUGCAUUUCACUAUUUGAUCCUUUACUUUGUCCUUUUGUUUUUUUUUGCACAGUUACACAGUUGCAAUACAAUGUUACAUUUCCUUGUUGCCAUGUCGCUCCUCAUAUUAACACUAUAAGCCCCAUACCCAGGACAGAUUAUUGUAGUACUUUGGGUACCGUUCUUUUCAGGUUUGUCAAACAUUUAGACACAAACAGGGUUCUCCCUGCAGCCUGUCUUGAAAUACUUUUAUAUUAUUAUUAUUAUUAUUAUUAUUAUUUUAUUUUUAUACAUAAGUACACAUGCUCACAGUUUGCUAGUUACAUGCACAUUAAAUUACACACGUUCACAAUGCAUACGUAAAAAUAAACACACAAACAAAGGCCCUUGAAGGCAAACAAACAGAUUACACGAACAUAGACACACAGGCAGAAGAAUAUACAAACAAGCACACACACAUUCACAGACACAGGUAUACAGGAAUGAACAUACAAAGAGGCAUACAUAGAUAAGCACACACAGACAAAGGGAAAACACACACACACACACACACACACACACACACUAUAUAGAAAUCAUUUUCCCCACUAUUUGGGGAAAUAGGGGAGAUAUCUUUUGCAUGACUGGAAACUGCAUGUUUCUCUCUCUAUAGCAUGUACAGAGUGAGGGAGAGGAGGCAGAAAGCCGCUAGCCCUCGAAUCACUCAGCUAUUCCUGCCAUGCUGCUCUUAGUCUCGUUGUUGGUUGAGCCUUGGCUGGGAGGAGAGCCGCACUGAGAGUUUGUAAAACACGAUUAGAAUGUCAUAUUAUCCACAAAUCUACCACAGCUGCCAGCUAAAAGAUUAUGGGCUAGAGUCCCCACAGCCCCUCCCCAAGCAACGCCCCUGUCCUCCCAUAGCAAUUCCCCUGAAAAUAAAUUAAACUUACCAAUAUUGGUUCCCACACUAAUAGUGAUUCGAACACCCAGAGCAUCCUAAUACGCUCACUGGCAGUAAUAUGCCCUGUAGUGAGUGUCUGGAGUCUAAUCAGGGGUAAAGCAGUUUUUAAUAUCUAAUUAUACCUCUGAACAAUUACCACAUAGCCGCCUGCUAAUGAUAGUUGUUGUAGUAACACUAAGUUGUCAGUAUAUCUAUACAUUCUACCACUACGUGAUCCUGUCAUAUAUCACCAAGUAAAAAAAUAAUACCCUAGAAUUGCUGCUAUUACAUGGAUACAUUUUAUUUCCUGAUCCAAUUUAAGCACACUAGCUUACUAGCAGCAAUUUUAGGAUGCGUUCAUCAUUAUCAUGUCGGCAUUUAUUUGGAUCCUGUUUUCAUACUAGUUGGUAGUAUCACUUGUCUGUGUAGGAACCAAUAAAGGUUAUCACAUAUUUGCACAAUAAACUGUAUUUAUUUGUAUCUUGUAUUAAAUAACGAUUACAACUAACUGAAGCUGAAUUUCCUCUUAGCGUUCUUCCCCCUAUUGACGAGUGGAAUACGAUUUGGUAUAUUAAUAUUUGUUCAUAAGUUUAACAAGUUUAUUUCCCUCAUUUAGGAGGGACGACCCCUGUCUUUGAGGAGCACAGGCAUUCUGUUCUCCUUAUCUUAUGUCACAGAGACCCCAGGCAUCACAGCCACUACACUAAGCUGCAGUGGUUAUGGUGCUUAAUGACCUCUUUAUUUGCUCUUGUGUGGACCUGAUAGCAAUUUGAAAUCCAGGGUGGUGUGAAGUUUUCUUGUCUGUUUGAUCAACUGGUUUACGUUACAUACUGAGAGCUUUGUGAUGCCGUAUGUCUGAAGGGUCUGUGCUGUAUCGAUUUUGUUUUUAUAUUCUGUCUUCUAGCCCAAAAUUAUAUUCAGCAUGCUGGGGUGCAAUAUAUUCUGGACUCGGUAAUCUCUCAGCUGCUCUUGGAUGCAAAGAAAAGGUUUAUUUAUGUAGAAUCUGCAUUUUUCUGGCGUUGGUGGAAUCAGCAGUCGGAGGGAUUAAAGAAGGAUGUUCAGAACCUUGUUCAAGAGGGUGAGCAUAAUUUACUUGAAGCAUGUACUAACCUUUUAAAAGAUCUCUUCUACAGGACUGAAUAUUUAACCAAUUAACCUGUUAAGGACACAUGACGUGUGACAUGUCAUGAUUCCCUUUUAUUCCAGAAGUUUGGUCCUUAAGGGGUUAAACAUGUUAAUGUCAUGAGGUCACUGCACUCUGUAGUUAAACCAACCCUUUAACCCAUUAAAAAUGUCACUGUCACUGUUCUCUCCAUGGACUGACCUCUUAACCCAUAAAACAUGUGACUGUGCUCCCCUGCAGAGCUAAAAUGUAAAUCUUUAGAUGUAGUUUUCCAUAGGGACUGUGUGCUGUUUAAUUAGGGUAAUUCUUGAUUGUUGUGGGUUCUCAGGUCGCCUGGAGUUUAUUAAUGGAGGUUGGACUAUGAAUGAUGAAGCUGCGACCCACUACAGUUCCAUCAUUGACCAGAUGACACUUGGAUUGAAAUUUCUUCAAUCAACCUUUGGUGAAUGUGGAAGACCCCGGGUAGCCUGGCACAUUGAUCCCUUCGGACACUCACGGGAGCAGGCCUCACUGUUUGCCCAGGUGAGUGUCUGUCUGUCUGUCUGUACACCUUGGAGUGUUAGUGUGCAGUACGGCUCCUGCUCUUUAGGUGUAAUAAACAAAGUAGGAGUGUAACUGAAAUGUAUUCUAGCCUGAAGAACUUGCACUCUUCAAGGAAGGGUUAAACUGCUUCUUAUUCCUGUGAACUGUGUUCCCAUUAUUAGACUGUAAGCUCCAUUGGCCAGUGUACUCUUUUACUUGAUUCACAAGGCAAGUUUAGCUUUUUUCCCACCCAUAUUGAAUUUGUACUUAUUAUAGUCAGUUCUUCUCUAACAGAUGGGGUAUGAUGGCCUGUUCUUUGGCAGGCUGGAUUAUCAGGAUAAGGAAAAUAGAGAAAAAAACAAACAGAUGGAGAUGGUUUGGAGAGGAAGUGAUGACUUGAAUCCACCCGUUGCCGAUCUCUUCACCGGUCAGUAUAGAGAACAUCUUUAUCUGUUUAUAGGUUAUACAGCUUUAUGAAGUAAGAAGUAACUGAGAGUAGAUGUACAGUAACUUUAUGGAAGUGAGGAGAUGUAAUGACAGGAGAACUAACUUCAGGGGUAAGAAGUGUAGUGGCUGAAGGAGGGAGUUAAGAUUGAGGGAGAGGAGGUGUAGGGGCAGGGAUAGGGGGUCAGAUUCAGGGAGAGGAGGUAUAGAGGCUGGAGGAGGGGGUCAGAUUUAGAGAGAGGAGGUGUACUUGCUGAAGGAGGGGGUCAUAUUCAGGGAGAGGUGGUAUAAUGGCAGAAGGAGGGAGUCAGAUUGAGGGAGAGGAGGUGUAGUGGCUGGAGGAGGGGGCAGAUUGAGGAAGUGGAGGUGUAGUGGCUGGGGGAGGGGGUCAGAUUGAGGAAGUGGAGGUGUAGUGGCUGGAGGAGGGGGUCAGAUUUAGAGAGAGGAGGUGUAGUGGCUGGAGGAGGGGGCCAGCUUCAGGGAGAGGAGGUGUAGUUGCUGGACGAGGGGGUCAGAUUUAGAGAGAGGAGGUGUUGUUGCUGGAGGAGGGGGUCAGAUUGAGGAAGUGGAGCUGUAGUGGCUGGAGGAGGGGGCCAAAUUGAGAGCGAGAAGAUGUAGUGGCUGGAGGAGGGGGCCAGAUUGAGAGAGAGAAGAUGUAGUGGCUGGAGGAGGGGGCCAGAUUGAGGAAGUGGAGGUGUAGUUGCUGGAGGAGGGGGUCAGAUUGAGGGAGAGGAGGUGUAGUGGCUGGAGAAGGGGGUCAGAUUGAGGGAGAGGAGGUGUAGUGGCUGGAGGAGGGGUUCAGAUUGAGGAAGUGGAGGUGUAGUUGCUGGAGGAGGGGGUCAGAUUGAGGGAGAGGAGAUGUAGUGGCUGGGGAGGGGAUCAGAUUGAGGGAGAGGGGUCAGAUUGAGGGAGAGAGAUGUAGUGGCUGGAGGAGGGGGUCGGAUUGAGGAAUUGGAGGUGUAGUGGCUGGAGGUGGGGGUCAGAUUGAGGAAGUGGAGGUGUAGUGGCUGGAGGUGGGGGUCAGAUUGAGGAAGUGGAUGUGGGGGUCAGAUUGAGGAAGUGGAGGUGAAGUGGCUGGAGGAGGGGGUCGAUUGAGGAAGUGGAGGUGAAGUGGCUGGAGGAGGGGGUCAGAUUGAGGAAGUGGAGGUGUAGUGACUGGAGGAGGGGGUCAGAUUGAGGAAGUGGAGGUGUAGUUGCUGGAGAUGGGGGUCAGAUGCAGCAAAAGGAGUUGUAGGAGGAGGGGGUCAGGUAGAAGAAGUGUAGAUCUAGCGGCAGUAGGGGGUAGUGAGAUCUACAAGUGAGUUUUACCUGGAUGUGGACCGAUGGCUAAAAAACACUUUGUGCACAUCUUUUGUCUUUAACUCAGGUGUCCUCCCUAAUGGUUACAACCCACCAAGCGGAUUUUGCUGGGAUCAAUUUUGUUCUGAUUCUCCAAUCAUGGAUAAUCCACUCAUGGAGGAUUAUAAUGUAGAUGCUGUGGUGACCAACUUUCUCUCAGUUGUAGACCAGCAGGUAUUUGAAUGGCUGGUACUGUCGCUGUGUGUGUGUGUGUGUGUGUGUGAGUGGCUGGUACUGUCGCUGUGUGUGUGUGUGAGUGGCUGGUGCAGUCGCUGUGUGUGUGUGUGUGUGAGCGGCUGGUACUGUCGCUAUGUGUGUGUGUGAGUGGCUGGUACUGUCGCUGUGUGUAUGUGUGGCUGGUAUUGUCGCUCUGUGUGUGUGUGUGUGGCUGGUUCUGUAAUUUGCAAAAAAAUGUCUAACACAAUUAAAUAAUUUCUGGUUCAAACCUAUUACAUUGAGGCCAAUAUUACUUAUGAUGUGACUCUACCAGGAAUCUGAAUGGUAACAUGCACGUUUUAUGUACGGUUUCAUGUCUGGUCUAAAAAUCCUGGAAUUCUGAAGAAAUCUGUAUUUGUCAUCAAAUUCAAUGGAAAUCUGCAAUUCUUGCUAUUGCAGUUUUUCUUAACAUUUGCAUAUUUCAAAUCUGCAGCAAAUAGUCUGUAAUGUAAAACAUUGGUUGCUUUCCUGUGGUAGUAUAGUACCUCUUGGUUACUGCUUAGCCAACAGAGCCCCUGUACACAGCCAGAGUAUCUCUGUUAUUGUCCCUCCCCUGUAUAGCUCAGACGUCCACAGUGACCAUCUAGCAGGUAUCCCCAGAUAUCAGCAGAGUCUCGAUGAAUGCUAAAAACCAAGUACACUUACAAAUUUGUAUUCAACCUCUAGGGUGUUAUCAGCAUAACAAUAGAUCUCUCUACAGUGCCACCAAGUAUGGGACUGGUAUCAGUCACCCACCCGCUGAGCCCCAGCCAGCCAGAGCACUGAAAGAAAGCGCCUUAAAACUCCCUUCCCCCAACAUGGCACCCCCACAAUCAAUAUAUCUCCCUCAUCUACCCACUGCUCAAAGUGUCCAAUCCCCACCGGGUGGAACGUUUGACUAAUCCAAAAUUCCGCGUCUCACCGUGGUCUCCACCAGAGUGCUUCUGCAACUGGGUGGCUGUUAUACGGGUCGCUCGGGUAGGCUGCAUCUGCUGGGUAGGGUGGAAACCCACAGGGAUGAUGAGAAUAGCAGGGCUUUGUGUGACAGGACCCUAGAGGAGGCUAUGUUAUUUCUUUCUUUAUUUUAUUGGUGGGGGGAGGAGUACCUGUUACUGUUUACAUUUCUGAAAGCUCUUUUGUAGACUUUCAGAGUGUUCCUUUAAGAUUCUGAGUCUUUCUGACAAGUGUAACCAUGAUAUAGCAUCAUUGUGUGAAUUAUCGAGUUCUUCCAUUGAAUCUCAUUACGGUAUAAAGCACACAGUACUGUGUUUAGGCAGGUUAGAUCAGGGAAGAUUGUCUUUAGUUACAAGAGUAAAAUAGAGAUUAAAUUACUGCUUCAUCGGCACUACAACCACGCUACUGUAGGUAAUGGUUAUAAUGCAAGAGCUGCAGACUUUUUUUUUUUUUUUUUUUUUACCAUAACGUACUAUUUGUGAUAGUACUGCAUGGAUUCUGUAGAGGGACUCAUAAGGGAAGGAAAUGUGUAAGUUAUCAUGUAUCUCUAAAAUGAUGGCUAAUUUGAGCUCCUCGCAUUUAUUUGGAGUUUAUUUGGAGCUCUGAAAUAUGUUUACCCAGUAGCCCUGGGUGCAAACCAUUAUAGCAUUAUGGGGCAUUGAGACUUUAGCCAUAGUAGACAGCUUCAUAAUGUAGAAAUCAGGGUGAGAGACCAUUGGGGCUGUACUAAGCCACAAAGCAGGUACCUCGUGACAUCUUAAAUCUGGCACCUAUUGUGUACCACCGACAACUAUUUAUCACAGAAAAAAAAAAACGUAAUCAAAACUAGUAAGAGACAAACAGUCAGAAAGAGAACUCCCAAAAUACAGGAAACCUGUGAUUAAAAUUAGAGAGAGGUAUUCAGAGGAAUCCAGAUUUACUGUUAUUUUUUUAAUUCCCAUUCCCUUGGUCAGGUGUGAGGUGAAAGGUCUGCACGACAUAGCAGAGAGGGUGACUGAAGUUUAGGGGUGGAGGAUCCGCUACUUUAGCAAUAAAAUAUAGAGAUGCUAAUUAAUUGGAAGAGUCAGUGCACCUCCAAAGGCAAUCAGACAAGGCAAUCAGACAUUUUCAGAGUUAUUGUGUCAGAUGGCUAUGUAUUUGUCUUUUCCUAUUUGCAUGGCACACUCUUUGGACCAGAGGUGUCUAGUGGGACGUUAGAAAGCUCCAUUGUGGGCUCCAAAGUGUGGAGUGGGCAUGAAGCUCUUUCAGGGUGUUGUCAUCUUUGAACAGAGCCAGUGCCAUGGAGGAGCCUGGCGCAUUAUAUAUGUGUGUGUGUAGGAUGGGGGAGCCUGGCGCAUUGUCACUGUGUGUGUGUAGCAUGGAGGAGCCUGGUGUGUUGUCAGUGUGUGUGUGUAGCAUGGGGGAGCCUGGUGCAUUGUUACUGUGUGUAUGUAGCAUGGACAACCUGGCACAUUGUAACUGUACAUGUGGCAUGGAGGAGCCUGACACAUUGUCACUGUGUGUGUGUGUGUAGCACGGGGGAGCCUGACACAUUGUCACUGUGUGUGUGUGUAGCAUAUGGGAGCCUGACACAUUGUCACUGUGUGUGUGUGUGUAGCGUGGGGGAGCCUGACACAUUGUCACUGUGUGUGUAGCAUGGGGGAGCCUGACACAUUGUCACUGUGUGUGUAGCAUGGGGGAGCCUGACACAUUGUCACUGUGUGUGUGUAGCAUGGGGGAGCCUGACACAUUGUCACUGUGUGUGUGUGUGUGUGUGUGUGUGUGUGUGUAGCAUGGAGGAGCCUGGCACAUUGUCACGAUGUGUGUGUGGCAUAGGGGAGCCUGGCGCAUUGUUACUAUGUGUACGUAGCACUGACAAACUGGCACAUUGUCACUGUGUGUUUGUAUGUGGCAUGGACAACCUGGCACAUUGGAACUGUGCAUGUGGCAUCGACAACCUGGCACAUUGGAACUGUGCAUGUGGCAUCGAGAAGCCUGGCGCAUUGUAACUGUAUUUGAAUGUGUCAUGAGGAGAACCUGGCACUGUAUACAGGGUUGGAUGAUAUAGCAACCGAUAUAUAUAUCAUUGUUAGUUAACACAUUGAAGGAGUUUAAGCAUGCGUGGGAUAGGCAUAAGGCUAUCCUAACUAUAAGAUAAGGCCAGGGACUAAUGAAAGUAUUUAGAAAAUUGGGCAGACUAGAUGGUUCGACUGGUUCUUAUCUGCCGUCACAUUCUACAUAGAAACAUAGAAUGUGACGGCAGAUAAGAACCAUUCGGCCCAUCUAGUCUGCCCAAUUUUCUAAAUACUUUCAUUAGUCCCUAGUCUUAUCUUUAUAGUUAGGAUAGCCUUAUGCCUAUCCCACGCAUGCUUAAACUCCUUUACUGUGUUAACCUCUACCACUUUAGCUGGAAAGCUAUUCCAUGCAUCCACUACCCUCUCAGUAAAGUAAUACUUCCUGAUAUUAUUUUUAAACCUUUGUCCCUCUAAUUUAAGACUGUCCUCUUGCUGUGGUAGUUUUUCUUCUUUUAAAUAUAGUCUCCUCCUUUACUGUGUUGAUUCCCUUUAUAUAUUUAAAUGUUUCUAUCAUAUUCCCCCCUGUCUCGUCUUUUCUCCAAGCUAUAUAUGUUAAGAUCCUGCAAUCCAUGAACCAGUUUAGUAGCCCUUCUCUGAACUCUCUCUAAGGUAUCAAUAUCCUUCUGAAGAUACGGUUUCCAGUACUGCGUACAAUACUCCAAGUGAGGUCUCACCAGUGUUCUGUACAAUGGCAUGAGCACUUCCCUCUUUCUACUGCUAAUACCUCUCCCUAUAUAACCAAGCAUUCUGCUAGCAUUUCCUGCUGCUCUAUUACAUUGUCUGCCUACCUUUAAGUCAUCAGAAAUAAUCACCCCUAAAUCCCUUUCCUCAGAUGUUGAGGUUAGGACUCUAUCAAAUAUUCUGUACUCUGCCCUUGGGUUUUUACGUCCAAGAUGCAUUAUCUUGCACUUAUCCACAUUAAAUGUCAGUUGCCACAACUCUGACCAUUUUUCUAGUUUACCUAAAUCAUUUGUCAUUUGGCUUAUCCCUCCUGGAACAUCAACCCUGUUACAUAUCUUAGUAUCUUAGUAUCUAUGUUUCUAUGUUAUCGGUUGAUGUACAGUAUCUCACAAAAGUGGGUACACCCCUCACAUUUUUGUAAAUAUUUUAUUAUAUCUUUUCAUGUGACAACACUGAAGAAAUGACACUCUGCUACAAUGUAAAGUAGUACAGCCUGUAUAACAGUGUAAAUCUGCUGUCUCCUCAAAACAACUCAACACACAGCCAUUAAUGUCUAAACUGUUGGCAACAAAAGUGAGUACGCUUUUACACACAAAGGUACAAACUAAUUACUAAAUUUAUGGGGACAGGUCUCCUUUACGUUCACUGAAUAAGACCUUAUUGUUUUAAAUAAUGAACAAAGCUGCCUCACCCCCCUUCCUCAUUAUAAUAAUUAUAUAUAUAUAUUUUUUUAUAUUAUGUUGUUGUUAUUGUAAUGGUGUGUUCCUGCGGGAACUUAUUUAUUUUAUUUUUUUUACAAUCUUUCUUUUUAUUGAGAUAAUAGCAGUAUACAGAAGAGAAAAACAGUAAUUCAGAGUAAGUCAGCUUGCCAGCAAGAUCAACAUACAGGGUUAGACAUGCGAUACGCCGAACAAGUAGGACAUCUCUUUUUUUUUCAGUAUUUAUCACACGGUAGGCAACAGGCUAUGAAUAAGCGUCUAUAUUGGCAAUAUAACAUAUUCUUACACAAGGAAAAACUGUCAAGACUAGCGUAAUUAAAGCUAUUAAUUAGGUAAUAUCAGGCUAAGCAUGUUGUCAUCAAGUAUAUGUUCCAUAUUCUAAACGGUUAGGCUGGGUAAAAGUGGGGAACGUGGGGUGGGAUAUAAGGUUAGCGUCCCACUGGGAGGGAAGUCAUCGGUAUGCUGAGUGAGCUAUUAAAAGAAAAGUAUAAAUGAGUAACGGACAGAAAAAUAAAAGACAACUGUGCCACAAACACACACAACACCGUAUCACGACAGGGAUUUGUGAUAAAAGUCCCAGGCCAUCUGGUGUCUUGUUCGGGAGGUUAGACUAUUCCAGAGACAGGUAAGUUCAUAGCAUGCAGGUGCUAUCUGCCGGGGAUGAGGACAUAUGAAUGCUAAUAGGGUACUUUCAGCCUAUCCCAGGCCUGUAUCUGGGCCGUCACCUCUGUCUCAUUAUAAUUAUUUUAAUGGAUAAUAACAAUAGUCUGCACACUUGCAAAUCAUUUAUGCACUAAGCAUAGUGUCUUUCUUGUUUUUGAAAAAAAUUUAAUUGUGAUAUAUAUCAAGCACUUAUAUAAAUAUCAUGAUAUUUUUCAACCCUGACUGUAUAUGAAAUGCUGUGAGGUUGGCAUUGUCACUAAGUGUUAAUAAAGUUAUAGGGGAGCUGGCAUUGUCACAGUUUGUUUAUAUGUCAUGGAAGAAGGCAGCAGUGUGACUGUUUGUAUAUUUAUCUUGGCUGAGAUGGCAGUGUCACUGUUUGUGUAUUUGCCAUGGGAGGUAUGCUGGCAGUGUCACUGUUUGUGUAUUUGUCAUGGGAGGUAUGCUGGCAGUGUUCAUGUUUGUGUAUUUGUCAUGGGAGGUAUGCUGGCAGUGUCACUGUUUGUGUAUUUGCCAUGGGAGGUAUGCUGGCAGUGUCACUGUUUGUGUAUUUGUCAUGGGAGGUAUGCUGGCAGUGUUCAUGUUUGUGUAUUUGUCAUGGGAGGUAUGCUGGCAGUGUCACUGUGUAUUUGCCAUGGGAGGUAUGCUGGCAGUGUCACUGUGUAUUUGCCGUGGGAGGUAUGCUGGCAGUGUCACUGUGUAUUUGCCAUGGGAGGUAUGCUGGCAGUGUCACUGUGUAUUUGUCUUGGGAGGUAUGCUGGCAGUGUCACUGUGUUUUGCCAUGGGAUGUAUGCCGGCAGUGUCACUGUGUAUUUGUCAUGGGAGGUAUGCCGGCAGUGUCACUGUGUAUUUGCCAUGGGAGGUAUGCUGGCAGUGUCACUGUUUGUGUAUUUGUCGUGAGCAGUAUGGUAUUGUAAUGGAACCGCUGGCACCCUGACCGGGUACCUUCUGCCAACGGAUGCUCCUAGUGCUUUCCGAGGACUCCAAGCACUCUGCCUGACACCAUAACCACUGGAGACCCCACGAACCGCCGCAGCUUGGUUGGGAUCUCGCCGUCUCCACCCACUCUGGACCCAGGACCAGGGUCCAGCUUCCAGCAGGUCGACCUCUCUCCGAAUUCCAGAGAGCAGGAACUUAGUGAUUAUACCCUGGGGAGUAUAGUGAUUAUAGCAAUCCCCAGAGUGUAGUUUCUCCAAUCCCCCAAACAUGAGCCGAAACGUCAUGAAGGUACAAGAUGAUCUGUUUAUUGGCACACAAAGAACCUUCUUUUAUGCAGGUCCCCAUGAAGGGGACAUCCCACUGGGUGGGACACAGUACAACCAAUCACACAAUGGUUACAUCCCACACAUCUCCUCCCCUUAGCCUGAGAGGUAACCCAAUUAUCCAUACAUUUUAAAACACACUUUUUACCCAACUUUCAUAACUCUAAAACUAUACAUCACAUUCACAUAAAACUACAUAUUCACAAUCAAUCCAUUCAGGGGAACAACAUAUUAAAAGAUGGCCUGAAUCAGACCAGGGGUUCAGAAGUUAGCACAAGUAUCUUUUUGGGGCCUGGCUGGCAGCAUGGAUAUCUGGCCCAAACUGGUUUCAGAUUCUUCUAUUCUGGAGAUAAUUGAGAAGUAAUGCAAUUAUCUCCAAGGACAGAGGCAAAACUCCAUUAGCCACAUGGCAGACAAAGGACAACAAAAGACAUAAAAAUACAUACUGUUACAUUUAUCACAUAGAACCUACACAUUUCCAAUUUACCUAACACAUAAUAGCAUAUAUAAUAUUGCAGACCGCCUGAAUGCAAUCUGCUACACAGUCUUAAAGGGACAUUGUUCCUAAAAGUCAUAAUAUGUCCAGGGAUGGUUUUUAAAAGGCCAGCAGCAGCACCAUACAAAUCCAAUAUGCCCAAAUAUUGUACUUGAAUGGGCAAAUAACCCAGGGCCAUAGUCAUGAGGCAAGAGGCUGGCAAUCAGGCUCCUCCAACAGCCAGGGGAAAAUCCGGUGACAAAAGGCGUUUCGUCAUAGGUAUUAUCACUGUGUGUUUGUCAUCAGGGAGACUGGCAUAGUCACUGUGUGUACAUGGAGGUGGAAGGUGGCACUAGGAUUGUAUAUCUGAGUUGGACACUAUUGCUAUGUGUAGAUGUGUGGAGACAUGCCUGACUGUCUUGCUGUGUGAACAUUCUGUUUGCCAUGGCUGCUUUGUGUACAUGUUUUGCAGAGAUGUUUGCACGGACACAUCCACAUGCACAGUUCAUAUAAUGUGAAAACUGACGUAUGCUCUCUCUCUCUUAGUCCCAGCAUUAUCGCACUAACCAUCUCAUUAUGACCAUGGGAUCUGACUUUCAGUAUGAGAAUGCCAAUCUAUGGUUCAAGAACAUGGACAAACUGAUCACUCUGGUCAAUGCCCAGGUGAGUAAGGACGAGACUGGUGCAGAUUAUAAAAUAACACAUUCUGUGCAGUAAAAAUAUCCAACAUACUGUAUAGCAUAUGGACUGUGUGCUGUUGCUGAAUCGUUUUUAGAAGCUGGACAGCAUUCAUGAAAUUCUUUCCACUUAACAGAUAAUAAUAUACAUUAUAGUCCAACCAGCUUGGCCUACAUUGGUCUACGUCUUCACUUAUGUGCAUCUAAUAGACAUUCUAGGAGUCCUGCUUGUGGGUUGUAUGUCGCACAACUGUCAGCAUUGCAGCUUGCGGGCAGACCCGAUACAGGGUGGCAGUGUGUAUAUUAAAGUGAUGGUGCACAGCUUGAGUCCUAAAUAUUAUAAUUAAUGUGAUGAUUCGGAGAUCAGGAUCAGCGCUGUUUCUUUAAUGGGGUUGUUGUAAAUUAAAAGUUGGUUACAGAUUUUUUUUUUAAGUUGGUUUUUAUUUUUUGAAUGUUUUAUUUAAUUGAUUAGAGGGCUAUGUAUAAAGAGCAAUCUGGGACAGCAUUCUAGUAGUGGCGCAGUUGCCGUGGAAACCAACAGAAUGUUCCUGGUGAUCGUUGCAAUUUUAGAAGAUUAAAUUCGCAUCGCUCUCUGCUUAGUCCCAGUAGUGAAUACAUUACUGCUAGAGUUACUGGAGCCCAUUUUCAGCAUUAUUUAUAAUGUUGGCAUCUGGUCUUUUGUUUUUUUUCCAGCAAACUAAUGGCAGUAAAGUGAAUGUAUUCUACUCAACCCCAAGCUGCUACCUGAAUUCCCUGAACAGAGCCAACAUGUCAUGGUGAGAGGAAUGGAUAUGUCUAUUUACAUCUGUGGGUGCAUUGUUCUUUCUGUGAAUGUAUGUUUAUAGAUACAUCUUUCUGUCUCUGGCUAUGUUUUCUGUCUGUUAAUGAGUAUCUGUUUCUGUUUGACAUGUGUAGCUGCAUAUUUCUGUGUGUGGGCGUGUCUGCCUGCGUCUUUCUGUGUGUGGACGUGCCUUUCUGUGUGUGGACGUGCCUUUCUGUGUGUGGACGUGCCUUUCUGUGUGUGGACGUGUGUGUGGACGUGCCUUUCUGUGUGUGGACGUGCCUUUCUGUGUGUGGACGUGUCUUUCUGUGUGUGGACGUGUCUUUCUGUGUCUUUCUGUGUGUGGGCGUGUCUACCUGUGUCGUGUCUUUCUGUGUGUGGACGUGUCUUUCUGUGUGUGGACGUGUCUUUCUGUGUGUGGACGCGUCUACCUGUGCCUUUCUGUGUGUGGACGCGUCUACCUGUGCCUUUCUGUGUGUGGACGCGUCUACCUGUGCCUUUCUGUGUGUGGACGCGUCUACCUGUGCCUUUCUGUGUGUGGACGCGUCUACCUGUGUCUUUCUGUGUGUGGACGCGUCUACCUGUGUCUUUCUGUGUGUGGACGCGUGUAGCUGCGUCUUUCUGUGUGUGGACGCGUGUAGCUUCAUCUUUCUCUGUGUGAACCUGCGUGUGUGUUUCUUUCUGUGAAUAUUUAUCUACUUGAUUUCAAAUUCAUAUAUAUUUUAUUUUUUAUUUUUCUUCCCCCAGGCCCAUUAAGACAGAUGACUUUUUCCCGUAUGCUGAUGGUGCCCAUAUGUUCUGGACGGGAUAUUUCACCAGUCGUCCAACCUUCAAACGCUACGAGAGGUUAAGCAACAACUUCUUACAGGUGAAAGUACUGAUUAUUAAGCAUGAUUCAGUGUGUAUGUCCCUUUCAUGGUUCUUGAUAUUCAACAUUCUAUUCUCAAACGACACAUGUGACCUCGUAACACUCUAUAUUUAAUUCUGCCCAACAGGCCCAUGUCUUCCAAACUCCACCUGUUCAUCCAUAUUUGUCGCUAUUAAUCUUUAUUAAUAUUAAUAGUGAUGUUUCACAAGAAAUGUUAAACAAAAUGCAUUUCUUCUUAUUUCUUUAUAUAUUUUAGGUCUGCAACCAGUUGGAGGCUUUAACAGGAAUGGCAGCAAGGAAUGGACCAUAUGGAACUGGUGACAGCUCUGUGCUUCGUAAGUACUAAUAAUCAAACUAUAUUUUCACUGUAAUAAAACUUAUUGCAUUAAAGAGACACUAUAGUCACCAGAACAACUACAGCUUACUGUAUUGGUUCUAGUGAGUAGCAACAUUCCCUUCAGGCUCUUUGCAGUAAACACUGUCUUUUCAGAGAAAAUGCAGUGUUUACAUUACAGCCAAGUGGUAACUCCACUGGCCACUCUUAUUACAGUAACCCGGCUCCUGAGUCCCUUGCUACCCUGUAACGUCUCAUUACAGUAACCCGGCUCCUGAGUGCCUUAUUACCCCGUAACAUCUUAUUACAGUAACCCGGUUCCUGAGUGCCUUAUUACCCUGUAACAUCUUAUUACAGUAACCCGGCUCCUGAGUCCCUUGCUACCCUGUAACGUCUCAUUACAGUAACCCGGCUCCUGAGUCCCUUGCUACCCUGUAACGUCUCAUUACAGUAACCCGGCUCCUGAGUGCCUUAUUACCCUGUAACAUCUUAUUACAGUAACCCGGCUCCUGAGUGCCUUAUUAUCCUGUAACAUCUUAUUACUGCAACCAGUUGGAGGCUUUAACAGGAAUGGCAGCAAGGAAUGGACCAUAUGGAACUGGUGACAGCUCUGUGCUUCGUAAGUACUAAUAAUCAAACUAUAUUUUCACUGUAAUAAAACUUAUUGCAUUAAAGAGACACUAUAGUCACCAGAACAACUACAGCUUACUGUAUUGGUUCUAGUGAGUAGCAACAUUCCCUUCAGGCUCUUUGCAGUAAACACUGUCUUUUCAGAGAAAAUGCAGUGUUUACAUUACAGCCAAGUGGUAACUCCACUGGCCACUCUUAUUACAGUAACCCGGCUCCUGAGUCCCUUGCUACCCUGUAACGUCUCAUUACAGUAACCCGGCUCCUGAGUGCCUUAUUACCCCGUAACAUCUUAUUACAGUAACCCGGUUCCUGAGUGCCUUAUUACCCUGUAACAUCUUAUUACAGUAACCCGGCUCCUGAGUCCCUUGCUACCCUGUAACGUCUCAUUACAGUAACCCGGCUCCUGAGUCCCUUGCUACCCUGUAACGUCUCAUUACAGUAACCCGGCUCCUGAGUGCCUUAUUACCUCGCAGAAUAUCCAGCCACAGUAACCCGCCUCCUGAGCGCCCUUUACAAUUCCCUCAUAACAUCUUAUUACAGUAACUCGGCUCCUGAGCGCCUUAUUACCCCGUAACAUCUUAUUACAGUAACCCGGCUCCUGAGUGCCUUAUUACCCUGUAACAUCUUAUUACAGUAACCCGGCUCCUGAGUCCCUUGCUACCCUGUAACGUCUCAUUACAGUAACCCGGCUCCUGAGUCCCUUGCUACCCUGUAACGUCUCAUUACAGUAACCCGGCUCCUGAGUGCCUUAUUACCCUGUAACAUCUUAUUACAGUAACCCAGCUCCUGAGUGCCUUAUUACCCUGUAACAGCUUAUUACAGUAACCCGGCUCCUGAGUGCCUUAUUACCCUGUAACAGCUUAUUACAGUAACCCGGCUCCUGAGUGCCUUAUUACCCUGUAACAUCUUAUUACAGUAAACCGGCUCCUGAGGGCCUUAUUACCCUGUAACAUCUUAUUACAUUAACCCGGUUCCUGAGCGCCUUAUUACCCUGUAACAUCUUAUUACAGUAACACAGCUCCUGAGUGCCUUAUUACCCUGUAACAUCUUAUUACAGUAAACUAUUAUGUGAAUAUGUUAUUACUCCUGUAAUGUUUCUUUCACUUUCUUUGUCAGGGCGUGCGAUGGGUGUUGCUCAGCAUCACGAUGCAGUGACGGGAACAGCUAAGCAGGCAGUGGCCGAUGAUUAUAAUUUCCGCUUGUAUAAGGGAUGGAACUCCUGCCAGGUUCUUACUGCGUUUAUGUAACACUAUGUAAUGACUGACUCUUAUGAACUGUACAGCUCUCCAAAUUGAACCCAGCUUGCAGCUGUUGAUAAAUUAUAACUCGCAUGACAGUCAUUAGGGAUGCGUUUAUUUUGUUGCUAUUAUUAUUAUUUUCUUUAAAUGUUAUUGAUUUACGUUUCUUUCACUUUCUCCUUCUCCCUUCUGUUAAUCCAUUCCCUCUAUUCUGUGUUGCAGACUCUCAUCAGUAAUGCUCUCUCCAAUUUGAUGGGAACGAAGGAAAACUUUGUGUUUUGUACUUUGUUGAACAUCAGUGUGUGUCCGUUCUCGGAGGCAGCCAAAACUGUGAGUAUACAAUCACUGUUAAUGUACCUACAGUCUUUUACAGUGGUCCACAUACACACAAUCCUCUUUACAGUGACAUACAAUACCCGCAAUUUUUAUUUGUGUGUAAGGGGGUUUAUACAUAGAUAAAACCAGUGUUUUUUAUUUUGUUUAUUGUUAAAUACCAUGUGUCAAAGUGUAAUGUAGAGUAGUGGGAUUUGCUUCCGUUUAUUGUUAUGUAAUAAUGGGAUUUACAGACCCAGAGGUUUUUUUUUUGUUAAUUGUUUUGAGAUAUUUGGUGGAAUUUUUCCAAAAGUCUUUUGGUUUCUGUGCUGGUUUAUUUAUUUUAUUCAGCUGGUAUUUCUAAGCUUAAGGUUAAAACUCUCAGCUUAAUUCAAUCAAAGUGUCCAACUUUGAUUAUAAUGUUGAUUUCAUCUUCCUGCUAUUUAGCUGAUGUGAUUGGUACGCAGAAUAUAAGGUUUGACAUGUGCAUUUUGAGAUGAUCUCCUGCUCACUGAUAUGUCUAGAUUGGCUCUUUAAAUAUCUAUUCAGUCAGACUAUGAGAGUAUCCCCAAUCUCCUGUGACCUAUCUUUGCCCACAAAACUACAUAGUUUUAGUUAAUCUCAGCCUUGUCAAGUACACGUUAAUAGUCUUUCAUUGCUCACUCAUUUCUCAUCAUAUCUCGAGUUUCAGUCUCAAUUUGUGCUCUAUUCUCCCUUUUCAAUGCAAUGCUUCUGUCUUACUUUCUUUAAACCCCUGGUCUCUCUCUUUAUUUAUGUGUCCUAUACCGACAGUUCAACGUGAUCCUCUACAACCCUCUUGGACGCAGUGUCACAUGGAACGUCCGCCUCCCUGUCAAUGGUCGCAAGUACUUGGUGCUUGGCUCCUCUGGUGAGCCUAUACGAAAUGAGGUAAGAGGAGGAGUCAUAUUAAUUUAACUAACACGAAAAUGGCAUAAAAACAAGAACAUAUUAUUAUUUUAUUAUUAUUAUUGCCAUUUAUAUAGCGCCAACAGAUUCCGUAGCGCUUUACAAUAUUAUAAGAGGGGUGAUUUAACUAUAAAUAGUACAAUUACAAGAAAACUUACAGGAACAAUAGGUUGAAAGGGACCCUGCUCAAACAAGCUUACAGUCUAUAGGAGGUGGGGAAUGAAACACGUUAGGACAGGAAAAAGCAAUCAAACAAGGUGGGAGUGAGGCAGAGCUGGAGGAGAGAGUAAAGUGCUGCCCUUUAUGAAAGAACAAGAGACCGGUAUGUGAGGUAGAGGUUACUCUGGAUGGGAGUUCCUUUGGUCCACAAUGGAACAAUUUGGAUUCGAGGGUUGGUUUUUGAAUGCUGUGGGUGCAAUCUAUUCUAAUCCCACGGCUAGAAUAGUGGGCCGAGAUUUAUGUUCUGAAUGGUUUACUAUUUCAAACGGGACCCGACAGGGUUGCCCACUUUCCCAGUUAUUAUAUGUGUUAUCUGUUGAACCACUAGCUAAUCAUAUCCGAAGUAAUAAGCGGAUUAAGGGAGUUGGGCGUCAGGAUGACGACUGGAAAAUUUGUCUAUAUGCGGAUGAUAUAUUUAUAUCUAUCACUGAUCCGUAUAUUUCCCUACCUUUUCUAAUGCAAGAAUUUGAGAACUAUAGUAUAGUUUCCAACUAUAAACUGAAUAUGAGUGAAACAACAGCUAUGGUGAUAAAUAUUCAAAAUUAUAUUUUAAUUUCUGUAAAACAAAUUAUGAUUUUAUUUGGACUAAUAAGGAAUUUAUAUAUCUGGCCUUAGUAAUUACUGCUGAUCCAAUGCGAGCUAUGGAAACCAAUUUUCUAAAAUGUAUUAAAGGAGACUAAUGCACCACUGAAAAUAUGAAGAGUUCAUGAAAUAUCUUGGUGGGGUAGGAUAAAUACAAUUAAAGCUUAAAUAAUUCCGAAAUGGACAUAUAUGUUCCGUAUGCUUCCCCUUUCGAUUCCUACACAUUGGCUAAAUAUGAUUCAAAGUAGCAUUACUAAUUACAUCUGGAAAGGCCAAAGGCCCAGAAUUAAUACUUUUACUCUAUCAAAGGCUAUCAGGAUGGUAUGGGUUAUCCCCUUAUUAGUCAGACAUACCAGGCGAAUAUCCUGGUUCAUGCUAGCAAAUUGCAAACAAAGGAGGCUCAAUUCCAAACACAGUAUAAAAUUGAAUUAUAUAGAGUCGAAGUUAAAAAACUUAGAAUCUCUUUUAUGGGGGUGAUGAAAGUAAUAACUAUUCAUUAUGUAACCUAUCGGAAAACUCUUCUCUGAUUCUUCUCCAAACUUUAAAAGAGUGGAAAGUUAUUAAGAAAAAACUUAAUAUUAAUAAUAAAAUCCUAGGAAAAAUUCAUAUUGAAUCUUUAGAACAAAUCCUGCCAGAUAAAAAUGUAAAAAGCUGGUAUAGAAAUUCUCCUUAUAUAAUAUCGGAUCUUUAUAAUAGACAGCAUUUGAAAAGUUUUGAAGAAUUAAAGACCUUAUUAGAUUUACCAUCUAGAGAAGUAUUUAAUUUUCUCCGCAUUAAGAGUUUCCUUAAAGGAAACUUGCUAUCCCUUGAUGGUAGAGUUGGGGGUCUGGUAACAAAAAUAUUCUCAGGUUAUGAAGUUAAAAAGGUGAAAUCGAUUGCUACAUAAUUGAUAGGAUUGAGGGGAGACCAGGAUAUUCCCAAGGCACUAACAAAAUAGGAAGAUGAAUUGGCGAUAAAUAUUCCAUUGGAUAUCUAGUGUAGGUCUUUUUUGAUGACAAAAAAAUAAAUUCAUUGUCUGAAUAUUUUAGAAACUUUAUUAAAAUUGCAUACAGAUGGUACAUGGUCCCUCUACGAUUAGCUAAAAUUUCAGACUAAUCUGCCUAACUGUUGGCGCUGUUUCCAUCCAGAUGGAUCGAUGUUACAUAUUUGGUCCUGCCCCAGAAUUAAAUCCUUGUGGAAUAUGACCUUCAAUCUUUUCUAUUUAUUGGGGGACAAACGCUUUGAACAAAAGGCAGAAUUAGCUCUAUUACAUAGAAUAGGAUCGGAUACGAAUCAAAAAACUGAUGUGGCUCUUACUCAUUGUCUAUUGGCAACUAAGAUCCUAAUAGCUAGAAACUGGAGAAGCAUAGAGGUUCCUACAAAGGAUCAACUUAAAACCCAAGUGCUAUACCAGUUAGAGAUGGAAAAAGGUGAAUAUUCUACGAACUUAAUUUCUAACUAUAGAAUAGAGUUAUAUAUUACCCUUUUAAAAAGGACAAAUAAGUGUUACAUUUUGUGAAAUAAUUGCUUUAAUACGUAGACGAUCCUUGAUAUGGUUACCAUGUUUCGUUAAGGCUCUUGGUCUAUAUAUUCUUGUUUAGUCACUUAGCUGUAUCUUUGGCCCUAUGCAUAUUUUUGAGUAGUAGAUGGCAGGCUCUCUGACCUAUUAUUAUACUGUGAUGAGGACUGACCAAUAUUGUCUGUCUUGUUCUGUUUGUCUUUUUUCACAUUUGCUUUGUUAAAUGUAUUUCAUGCUAAUAGAAGGUUUAUGCAGCUUUCCGUGUAAAGUAAAAUAUAUACCUUUGUUUGGAAAAUGUAUGUUUAGGGAGGAUUGUAUCACUCCCUUUUCGUGUUUGAUGAAGUGUUUUAUAAACUAAAUAAAAAUUAUUUAAUAAAAAAAUAAAACACAUUAGGACAGGAAAUAGCUAUCAGACAAGGUGGGAGUGAGGCAGAGCUGGAGGAGAGAGUAAAGUGCUGCCCUUUAGGAAAGAGCAAGAGACAGAUAUGUGAGGUAGAGGUUACUCUGGGAGGCCAUAAGCUUUCCUAAAGAGAUGGGUUUAAGGUACUUCUUAAAUGAUUGAAGACUAGGGGAGAGUCUGAUGGCGGUAGGCAGGCUAUUCCAUAGGAAGGGAGCUGCCUUCGAGAAGUCCUGCAAGCGUGAGUUGGCCAUACGGGUGCGAACAAUGGACAGGAGAAGGUCAUGGGCAGAGCGGAGAGACAGAGAAGGUUCAUACCUAUGGAUCUGUGAGGAAAUAUAAGAGGGGCUAGAAUUGUUCAGUGCUUCAUAGGUUUGGAUUAGUACAAUUAAUUGACUCCUAUAGUAUACAGGGAGCCAAUUUAAGGACUGACAGAAGGGAGAGGUGUAAGAGGAGCGACAGGAAAGAAUAAUCAGACUGGCGGCAGCAUUCAUUACAGACUGUAGCAGGGCAAUACGGCUUUUGGGAAGACUAAUUAGGAGAGGGUUACAGUAAUCCAUGCGGGAAAUUACUAGAGCAAGGACAAGCUCCUUAGUAGCAUCUUGCGUAAGAAAGGGGCAAAUGUGGGCUGUGGUUUUAAGGUGGAAUCUACAGGAUUUGGUAACAGACUGGAUGUGAGGCCGAAUAAACUAAACUAAAACGCCAAGACAGUGUGAUUGCAAUGAUAGACUGAUGUGGGUAUUCGGAAGAGGGAAGACAAGGAGCUCAGUUUUAGAGAGAUUGAGUUUCAGAAAGCGGGAGGACAUCCAGUCAGAGAUGGAAGAAAGGCAAGCAGUGACAUGUUGCAGGACAGCAAGGGAGAGGUCAGGGGAGGAGAGAUAUAUCUGGGUGUCAUCAGCGUACAGGUGGUAGUGGAAUCCAAAAGAGGCAAUAAGUUUGCUAAGAGAGGCAGUAUAAAGAGAAAAUAGAAGGGGACCAAGUACAGUGUCUUGGGGAACUCCAGCCGAGACAGGACGAGGGGAGGAGGUAUCAUUAGAAAAAGAGACACUGAAUGAGCAUUGGGAGAGAUAAGAGGAAAACCAUGAGAGAGCUGUGUCACAGAGACAAAGAUUGAGGUAUUUAAUAGAUUAGACAACCUAUUGGCCAGUUAUGGUCUAAAAUGUAUAAUGUAAGGCUCCAACUGCAUGUGAGGUAAUCCUUUGUAUUCUAUUUAAUCUUUUUUUUUAUUGAAACAAACAGAUCAAUCUAUUUCAAAAAAAUAUUGUGAAGAAUUGUUGAGAAACGCUGAAUCAAGAACUCUGGACAGAAAGGGGAGGGGGGUAGAUGGGGGAAUAUAAUAAAUGUCUCGUGAAGUAUCCCCACUCAGACAUAUUAGAGUAUCAUGAUCAGAUCAAGCCGACUUUCAGUAUGCCUGUGAUUUUCACAAUUACUGUAAUAGCUUCCAUACACACUAUAGCUCGCCUGCAUUAGUUCUGAAGGGGAUCAGAAAGUUAAUUUUCAAAGUGCUAUUGCCCUGUAGCAGAAGAUGGUGCAUAGCUCUGGUCAAUGAAGGAAGCAGAAAGAGAGAUUUUUAUUAUGGGAUUGUAUGUGCAGACCUUGUUUUUAAGCUUUAUAAUAUCUCUGCUAGUGGUGCAGUUCUUAAUACUUUUUUUCUACGCUCUUAUUUGACGUUUGCAAAAAAAGUGUAGAAACCUUCAUUGGACAAAUAAAGUGCAGAACUUUAUUGGAUUCUCAUUGGAAGAAAUUGGACUGUGCUUUCCAAUGUCAAUCCAACGUCUUGUUUGUCAAUCUCUUCUUCUUUACAUAACAGGUGGUUCCUGUGUCUGAAUUCACAAAGGCCGUACGUAGGGAUAAAGGGCAAGCAGAGCAGGAGCUCAUUUUCCAAGCUGUAAUACCCCCAUUGGGCAUUAGCAAGUUUGCAGUAGGAGCACUGACUACACAGGGGCUGUUCGUUAAACCCAAGAAGCUCCUGCAAUAUCCCAACUCAAUCCAGAACAAGGUGAUAUAUUAACAUGUUAACAUCCCAUGAGUGCCUUAUUACCCUAUAACAUCUUAUUACAGUAACCUGGCUCCCGAGUGCCUUAUUACCCUGUAACAUCUUAUUACAGUAACCCGGCUCCUGAGUGCCUUAUUACCCUGUAACAUCUUAUUACAGUAACCCGGCUCCUGAGUGCCUUAUUACCCUGUAACAUCUUAUUACAGUAACCCGGCUCCUGAGUGCCUUAUUACCCUGUAACAUCUUAUUACAGUAACCCGGCUCCUGAGUGCCUUAUUACCCUGUAACAUCUUAUUACAGUAACCCGGCUCCUGAGUGCCUUAUUACCCCUGUAACAUCUUAUUACAGUAACCCAGGCUCCUGAGUGCCUUAUUACCCUGUAACAUCUUAUUACAGUAACCCGGCUCCUGAGUGCCUUAUUACCCUGUAACAUCUUAUUACAGUAACCCGGCUCCUGAGAGCCUUAUUACCCCGUAACAUCUUAUUACAGUAACCCGCCUCCUGAGUGCCUUAUUACCCCGUAACAUCUUAUUACAGUAACCCGCCUCCUGAGUGCCUUAUUACCCUGUAACAUCUUAUUACAGUAACACAUUUGUUCAUUUUUAUCUGUCUUUUUAGUAUUAUCAAGUUGAUUUUGAUCCUGGCACAGGGUUAAUUGCUGGAAUUCGUAACCUGGAAAAAGGAAUUUCGUUACCUUUAACACAAAGUUUAUACUGGUAAGAAUUAUUUAUGGUUGGCAUGUUUUAUAUAUAAUUGAAAUACAUUUGUGAACUCUAUUAUCUAUCUGAAAAGCUCUAUCGAAGUCCAAACCUUUAACCCCUUAAGGACCAAACUUCUGGAAUAAAAGGGAAUCAUGACAUUUCACACAUGUCAUGUUUCCUUAAGGGGUUAACCAAGGUGGCUGCUUCGUAUAAAAUAUUUAAAAUCUGGUAGAUUCAACUGUUAAAACUAAAAAGAAUAAUACCUGCCUUGUACAAACAGGAGGUUAAUUUGGUUAACUAAAAUUUGGUUUCAUGGCCGGAUGGAUUUCCUUGGACAGUAUCUUUUACUCCUGGAUUUAUGUAUGGUGGUUUAAACCCCAAAACAGGCUCAGUGACCAAAUAACCUUUCCCUCUGCAGGUAUAAAGCUAGUGCCGGUAAUGCAGGCAGUGCACAGGUGUCUGGAGCUUACAUAUUCAGGCCGAACCAGACCGAAGUGGAGCAUGUGACACAGAAAGUCCAAACUUACUUAGUUGAGGUGAGAAAGAUCCCACCGCUCCAUUAGUUUUAACUGCCCUAAUACUUUUUCUGCCUGCUUAUCACCUAUUACAGAACCCCUCACCCUAUAACUGCUCUGUUUACAGGACCCCUCACCCUAUAACUGCC